AUGGAAUUACCACGAGAAGUUAUUAAAUGGUUGCAAUACUUAAAUUUAUCUCAUUCUUUUAAAAACAUAAAAAGUGCUAGCAAUGGAAUUAUCAUUUCAGAAAUAAUAAACAUAUAUAUACCGCAAAGUAUUAAUAUGAAUAGUUUAGAAAAUGGUUAUAGCAAAGAGAUAAAAAAAAAAAAUUGGUUGAUCAUAAAAAGAACUUUAACAAGUUUAAAUAUUUCGUUUGAUGAAACAUCUAUAAUUAAUUCAGACAAAAACGAGAUAAUUAGUUUGUUUAUUCAAUUAUACGAAUAUUUUAAUCAAAAAAAAAAUCAAAAAGAACAUAAUUGUAUAAAAGAAGAAGAUAACAAAUUAAAAAUUCCGUCCUUCGCUAGAUCUACGAUAACUCAGAAAGUCCGAGAAAGUAAUGUUCAUGAUAUAAUAGAUGAGAAAAGAAAACUUAUUUGUACAUAUGAAUUAAUUGAACAAGAAGAAUAUAAUAAAGCAUUGAUAAAGGAAAAAGAAAGAGAAGAAAAAGAAAAUAAAAACAAAAAUAAAAAAUUGAGUCUAAAUGAUAUAACUUUAUUUAAUGAACUAGAAAAAAGUAGUAGCAUUAUAACGAUAAAUGAUGUUAGAAAUUAUGAAGAUUAUACUGACAUAAAAACUCUAGAUUCAUUUGUAAAAAGUAAAAAUAACAUAGAACCCUUAACAUUGAUGAGAAGCUUAAAAGAAUUAAAUGAAAAUGAAAAGCAGAAAAUGCCUAAAAAAUAUUAUGAAGAUGAAAUAAUAUUUGAUAUAUUAUCAGAAAACAUUUCUGAUUAUGAGAUAGAAAAAUCAGAUAAAAAAUAUUUUAUAAGUUGCAAUAGAAAAAUGAAUAGUUUAUAUAGAUUUUCUAAUCUUUAUAUUUAUGAUGAUGAAAAUAUAAAUAAUUUAUAUGAAAAAUUUUAUAUCAUAUGUCUUCUAAAAAAAUACGAAUUAAUAAGCAGAAUAUUAGAUCAAUUAAAACUUUUUAAUGAAAAUUUUAAUUUGAUUAUAUCUCUAAAAGCUCAUCAAUUUUAUCAUUUGUGGAAACUAUUUUUUCCUGUUGUAACCAGCUCCAAAUGUGAUAAUGAAAUUUCUACUAUUAUUAUGAAAUAUUUAACACAGCUUUUAAUUUAUCUAAAAAUAGAUGAUAUCACAACUAAAGAAAUUCUUUGUAAUAUAAUAUUAAGGAGCCUUUUUAUAAUUGACAAUGAUGAAAAUAAAGAUAUUAAAUGUUUUUGUGAACUAAUUACUUUAAUAAUAAAUAAUGAUAAGCAUAUUUUAAUAAAUAUAUUGAACAUGAUUAAAAAUACGAUGUCUUUUAAUUUCUUUUAUCUUUUUUUGUCAACCCUUAUAAAUAGUUCAUUAAAUUUUUUUAUAUAUAAAAAAGACAUUAAAGAUAUUUAUCUUUAUUACAUAUUUGUUGGGCUGCAUACAAAUAGAAAAAAUAUUAUAUUAUUUAGUUUAGAUAUUUUAAAUACUCUUAGUUUACUAGAUCAUUGCCAAGAUAUAAUUCUUUUAUCUAGUUUAUUGUAUAAUAUUUUAGAAAUAAAUAAUAUAAAUUAUAACAUAUUUUUAUUUUCUAUAUGUUCAAAUAUAAUUUUUAAAAUAACAGAAAUCAAGAAGGAAAGUGAAUUUAACACAGAAAUUAAACAGAUGAUAAAAAUAUGUUCUACCAUUUUUAAAAAUACUAAUAAUAAGGAAUUAAUAUACUUAUUUUUCUUAUAUUCCCAUAAAUUAAUAAAUAACGACGAUAAUUUUUUUGAUAUAUGUUUGAAAAGAUACAGCGAAUUAAGUGAUGAAGAACAUAAAAUUUUUAUUAAUGGAAAUGUUUUUGAGGAUCUAUUUAAAAAUAUCUGCAAUUAUAAAAUAAUUAAGAAAAGUUUCUCGAAUAUUUUCAACAAAAAUUUAAAUAAUUUAAAUAAAAAAAAUAAUAUCGCUAUUCUUAAUUCAUUAUUAAAAAAAGAAAAGUGGAAAAAAGAAUCAUUUUUAAGAAUUUUGAAAAAUUAUAUUAUAUAUAAUAAAAAUGAAGAUUUAUUAAGACUUUUAGAAAUAUAUAAUAAUAUUUUUGAACAUAUUAUAAACAACUUAUUUUCAGGAAAUUCAAAAAUUUUUGAAUUAUCAAAAGAUAUAUUAAAUUUUUUUUGGUUUUCAUCUAAUAAUGAAUUAAAAGUUCAAUCAUUCGAGAUUUCCAUUAAUCAUUUAAAAAAUUUAUAUGCAUCAUAUAAGCAUAAGUCAAGUGCCUGUAUACAAGAAUUUUUUGCUAAAUUAGAAAAUGAUGUAUAUAAUUUUUUUCACUAUGUUAAAAUAUGA